AUGCCGGUUCUUCAUGAAGUUCAGUUAUCGAGUCCCAAGAGUCUAGUCCCUCUCCUCACUAGUGACGAACCCAUUUAUGUUAUUCUCACCAGCUCCAACGACGAAGAAACAGGCGCACCAUGGUGCUCUGAUGUCCGAACUGCCUUACCAUAUCUAAAAGAGGUCUUUGAUAAGCCAGACGGCCCCAAGGCUAUCUACGAGAGUGUCGGUCCCCGACCUGGGUGGAGGAAGCCAGAUAACGUACACAAACGAACGUGGAAUAUUUCGGCAAUUCCAACUGUGAUUCGUUUUGAGUUGCGUGAUGGAAAAGUAGAGGAGACAGACAGGCUUACAGAGGCGGAGGUUUACGAGGAGAGAAAACUACAGAGCUUUAUAUAA